CAGUGCGCAAGCGCGCAACAUCUCCGUUUCCCUCCCCUCAGCCCCUCACCCCCGCCUCCUUUCCCCUUCAAGAAGCCGGCUCCGGGGCGCGCUCACCCCUGUGAGGAGGCCGGAGGCCGGACACAGGAGGCGCUCUCUCCAUUCCCGGAAGAUCAUGUACCAGCCCAGCCGGGGGGCGGCCCGGCGCCUCGGCCCCUGCCUCCGCGCCUAUCAGGCUCGUCCCCAGGUGAGAGCCGAGGGGAAGCGGGAGGGGAGGGGAGGGGAGGGGGCGGGGAGAGACCCUCCUCAGCCGGCGCGUGGGGCGGAGCGCGCGUUCCGUUUCGCGCAGGCGUACUGACGUCCACCGCUGCUUCCCACCUGUGCGGAGCGGCGCGUGGAGGGGCGAGGGGUCUCAGCGACCGAAGGGCGGCACUGCCAGUGCUGUCGCGCACGAGACGUCUGUCUUCCGGAUCUUGGGGGGCUGGCGGUUGAGGCUGGCGCGGUGGGGUGCGUCCGCAUUUCUCCCGCGUCUUCGCGGUUACCUGUGCUUGGAGGUGAUUUGAAGGACAGAGGGCGGAGAGGUGUGGCGCCUCCAGGGAUCCGACCAGACGGACCUGCGGGCCGCGCUCUGCAGCCCACGCUUCUUGCACCGGGAUAGCGGUCCCGGCGGGAAGGCCGGCCCGAGUGGACCCGGUUCGGGCCCUUGUGCCCGGGCGGGCAAGAUGGCCACGCCCCCGGCGGAGACGGCGCCUCCGGGACACCGUCGGGGACAGAGGACCAGUCUUCUCCAUGGGCUCUACCAUUCCCACCCUUUUGGCCUCACUCCACAACAACUACUUCUCCAUCUUUGCCUCUUUUCUGGUCUCCCCCACCCCAAAGCCCUCCCACCCGACUGCUUCCCCCAGCUCUCCCACUACCUCUCCCUCAGGUCCAAGCCCUCACCUCACCAUGGGUGGUUCUCCCCCCAGGAAAGGGGGAGGAGGGACCAGGACCCGAGUUACAUAGCGGCUGCCUGGAUGGGCUCAGGAGCCUGUUUGAGGGACCUCCCUGCCCCUGUCCUGGAGCUCUGAUACCUUUCCAAGCCCCUGGAACUGCCCACCCUUCCCCUGCCACUCCAUCAGGAGAUCCGAGUAUGGAGGAGCACCUGGCUGUCAUGUAUGAGAGACUGAGACAAGAGCUUCCCAAUCUCUUCCUUCACUCCCACGACUACACUCUCUACUCAUCGGAUGUGGAAUUCAUCAAUGAGAUCCUGAACAUGCGUACCAAAGGCCGGACAUGGUACAUUCUGUCACUGACUCUAUGCCGCUUCCUGGCCUGGAACUAUUUUGCACAGCUUCGGCUGGAAAUUCUGCAGCUGACACGCCACCCUGAGAAUUGGACCUUGCAAGCCCGCUGGCGGCUUGUGGGACUGCCCAUCCAUCUGCUCUUUCUUCGUUUUUAUAAGCGUGACAAGGAGGAGCUUUACCGGACCUAUGAUGCCUAUUCCACCUUCUACCUGAAUUCCAACGGCCUCAUUUGUCGCCAUCGCCUAGACAAACUGAUGCCUUCACAUUCACCCCCCACACCUGUGAAGAAGCUGUUAGUGGGAGCCCUGGUGGCUCUGGGGCUGUCGGAACCAGAACCCAACUUACACCUGUGUUCCAAGGACUGAUCAGGAACUGAGGCAGAGGCAGCACUGAUGACUUUGCUACGCACAAAGAGAGGCGGUGGACGCGGCUCAGAGCCUCAGAGCCAGUUACCUCCCCUCUUCACUCUACUCUACUUUCCAUCUCAUGCUAUGUAAAGCUGCUGUGUAAUUUAACUUGUAAAUAAUAAAAUCUACAUGAAUAUAUGA